UUGAGAUUCUAGCAACACGCAAAGGGAAAAGUCUUGCUUGGUGGCCUCCCCGCUCCCCGGGGUGCGAUCUACACUUUCACCUCUGUCCCACCCCAUGCUCCCAAGCAUCGCUGUGUCUGCCGCAAAGACCAUGGAGGAGGUAACGCUGGUGGAUGGUUAGAAACACUCAGGCUGACUGCGUGUAGCCGGGGCUUUGCACAGCCUGGACCGGUGCCCAGCAAGGGCAGAAGAAAUGUCUGUCUCCAGGCUGUGUCGGAGCCACUGCCUGCCCUUGGUGGGCAUCAUGGUCCUUGUGGCUGUGGUCCUGUCGCUGAUGUCCUACGCUCUCCUCUGGAAGGCUGGCAACCUCGCUGACCUGCCUAACCUGAGAAUCGGCUUCUACAACUUCUGUCUGUGGAAGGAGGACACUGGCUCCCUACAGUGUUACAACUUUCCUGAGCUGGAGGCCCUGGGGGUUCCUCGGGUUGGCCUAGCCCUGGCCAGGCUUGGUGUGUAUGGGGCCCUGGUCCUCACCAUCUUUGCCCCUCUGCCUCUCCUCCUCGCCCAGUGCAACGGUGAUGAAGGAGAGUGGCGGCUGGCGGUGGGCUUCCUGGCGGCAUCCUCCGUGCUGCUGGCCAGCGGACUGGGCCUCUUCCUUUCCUUCGUGUGGAAGUGGGUCAGGCUCACCUUCCUGGGGCCUGGCUUUCUGGCUCUGGGCCUAGCCCAGGCAUUGCUCAUUUUCUUGCUUAUGACCACGGUUAUGCUCCCUCCACGGGGAAAGAAGGGCGAGAGCAAGUGGGAGGACUGUUAGCCGGUCUAAAGGCUUAUGGGAUUCCAGGGGUUCGGUUCCAGCUGUGCUCCAAGGAGGUGCCAGCGAACCUGUGAUUGGGUGGGUCCUCUCUGCCUCCUCGUUUCAUAGCUAAUGCGGAUCUCAAGCUCGGGCAGAUGGAACAGGAGGGCUGCAGUGUCAAGGAGCCCAGAGGCAGCAUGGAUGGCUGCGGUACUUAGUGUCCUUCCUUACUCUGAAGGACUCUAAAACCAUGUGGCUCAUUAAUUAGCACAGGGAUCCUUGCUUUAAUCAACCAAUCUGAGCAAUUCUCACUCUAGCCGCAGGCAGGGGGGAGCCUGAUUGUCAGAGGCCAGAUUUCCAAGCCAAUUUGCCAAAGCGUCUGACAAGCACUCUGUGAAAGUUUGUGGCAACAAUGGGAUGGCUAGAAGUAACUGCUUUAACAUUUGUGUGAUGCCCCCCACACCAGAACUCCAGCCCCAGAGGUCCAGGAAUAACCUCAAAGGGACUCAGCUAAGAAACACAGAGCACAAGAGAAGCCUUGCUGGCUCUGUGGGGUCCCCUGAAUGGGGCCCUGAACCUGAUGCCAGACAGGCGGCAGCUGUCAAACCAUUCUUGUGAGCCAGGAAUGCAGAUGCAAGACAUGCCAAAGCCUGGAAGGUGAACAGGACGCAAGAGUCGACUGCACACAAACACCAGCCUCCCCUCCCCUUACCCAGAACUGGAAAGGGCACUGGGUUAUCACUUUGUAUUUCUCUGUAUAGCACAAAACCUACAUGGCAACAAGUUCUUCAUUCUGCGCUCAUCAAAAGCCAUGGUGAAUUACAAACAAA